CUUUUCAGUAUUUGCUCGUACUUAGAGGGUGUUGGAACUCAUUAGUGAGAUCAUGCGUCUGCUGCUUCUUGCAACAUGCCUGACUGUGCUACCGAGCUGGGGGCUGCUGAACGGCGAGCAGCGCACUUUAAAGAAGUGUCUGAGCAGCUAUGGAGGACUCAAUGAGGAUAAUGUGAAGCGCCUGGAGCGAUACACCCAAUGGUCGGAGAGCUACGAGGAGUUGCCCUGCUUCACGCAGUGCUACCUCAACGAGAUGUUCGAGUUCUACCACGAUCAGGAGGGCUUCGACGAGCGCCGCAUCAGGCAGCACUUCGGCGACGCGGUCUUCGAGGCGUGCAAAGAGCGGCUGAAGCUGGGCCCUGAGCAGAAGGAGAGCAGCUGCGAGCACGCCUAUGCGGGCUUUCACUGCAUUGUCAGCCUGGAGAAAGAUCCGUUCAUACUGAUCGAAAAGAUGCCAAAUGUCACGCGCACUGCCAAGUCGGCGAUGAAGAAGUGCCUGCAGCAGGUGGACCAGGUCGAAUGGAGUCGCAUGGCCGACUACGCCCACUUUCCGCAGACGGAGCCGAUACCCUGCUUCACGCGUUGCUUCAUCUCGCAGAUGCAGCUUUUCGACGAGCGCACCCGACGCUGGCGCAUACCCGCCAUGCGCCAAUCGCUGGGCGUGCCCCUCCCCGGCGCCCACAUAGCCAACUGCGCCCAGCGUCGCAGUCGCAAUCCCUGCGCCACCAUUUACCAGCAGUUCAACUGCUACGUGGUUGCCGUCUAGA